AUGUUCGAGUUCCAUCAGAAUGACCCUAAGAAGGACACAGGCAUGCGGCUGGUUAAAAGAGGUGCUGCCAAGGCGUUGAAACCCCAUGUUCCGUUUCAAGGCGUCCUCUUAUCUGCUGAGGGGAAGUCCUAUCUGUCGGGUGGUGAUCGAGAGAUCGUUGCGAAGAGCGGAAUUGGCGCUAUAAACUGUUCCUGGAAUCGCCUCGAUGAAAUUCCGAAGCGAAUGAAGGUUCCUCCUCAUCAUUAUCGUUUGUUGCCGAUGACUCUAGUUGCGGCGAAUCCUAUAAAUUUCGGCAAACGUGGAAAACUCUGUACGGCUGAGGCGCUUUGCGCAGCUGCGUAUAUAACAGGGUACAAGGACUUCGCUGAGGAAACUCUCAAUGGAAGUUUUGGUUGGGGAGAAGAGUUCUUCGAAUUGAAUCGAGAUGUGCUGGACUUGUACGCUGCGUGUAGCAGCUCUGAUGAAGUUGAGGAGGCGGAGAAGGACUUCUUACGGAGCCUUGAGGAAGAGGCUGCUCAUCGGAAGAUGCGAAUGAUGCCCUCUAGCGACUCGUCGA